CUGGUCCCCCUGGCUUAGCUGGGGAUAAAGGGGAGAGGGGGGAACCUGCCCCCUACAUAAUUGGCCCCCCUGGACCCACUGGGCCCACUGGAAACGAUGGCCCCAUAGGCGACCGUGGUCCCCCUGGAAUUCCAGAUCUGUUGAAAGGCAACCGUGGACCACCCGGUCCUAAAGGCAUCAAAGGCAUCCCAGGACAACCAGGGGAUAGAGGCGAGUUCGGAGAAACAGGUGACGUCUGUCGACUCUGCCUGCGCACUAAUGCGUCCCCUGGAUCCCCAGGACCUGCCGGAGAGCCUGGCAGGCCUGGAGAGACAGGACGAGAUGGUGCUCUUGGAUCCAAGGGAUUUCGGGGAGUCAAAGGUCUUCAAGGUCCACCAGGUCAACAGGGUCUCUAUGGUUUACCAGGUGUGCCAGGUUCUACAGGGCCCAAGGGGGAAAUUGUUCCCAUGCCCCCAGGAGACAGGGGGCCUGUGGGCUCACCUGGUUCUCCAGGAGUUCCUGGGAGCGAUGGGACUGACGGGGUCCCUGGAUACCCAGGACUGAAAGGCCAACCUGGGCUAAAGGGCAACCCUGGACCUCCGGGGCCCAAGGGUGAUCGGGGCGAUGCCGGCUCUCAGGGUGUGUGUGGACGGUCAGGCCAGAUGGGGACUCAGGGCCCCCCAGGUGUGGGGCCCCCAGGGGGCCCUGGACAGAAGGGCAUCCUGGGGGUGCAAGGCCUGCGAGGGAGACCUGGAGAUCCAGGAGAGAAAGGCUCAGCAGGAGAGACAAUAACAACCACAGGGGACCCAGGACUGAAGGGAGAGAAGGGUCUGCAAGGCAACCCAGGACCUUCAGGGAAUCCUGGUAUAAAUGGCUAUCCUGGCUUCCCUGGCAACUUCGGCGCCAAUGGGGAUAGAGGUCUGUCUGUCCAGGGCCCUCCUGGCAACACUGGGCCUAAAGGUGAGAAGGGCCAGCCAGGGGUUGGUGGUGCCUCAGGAAUUGGUAGUAUGGGACGACCAGGACCAUCCGGAGCUCCCGGGAUGCCAGGUCCUAAGGGUGAUUUCAGACCAGGCCUCCCAGGGCUGCCAGGUAGACCAGGCCCCCCAGGGGAGGAUGGUUCUCUGGGGCUGACUGGAGACUCUGGUCUGCCUGGGCUUGGUGGAUCGCCUGGCCUACCAGGAAGAGAGGGUCCACAGGGAGACAGAGGCAGUGAAGGUGCUGAGGGCUUGCCUGGUCUGCCUGGGGAUUCUGGGGUGUGUAUACCAGGCAUUCCAGGCCCUUCGGGGGCUGUAGGUCUCAAAGGAAUCAUCGGCUUCACAGGGACAAGAGGACAGAAGGGGGUGCAGGGGGAUUCAGGUCUGCCUGGCAGAGGGGCCCUGGGAUUGAUGGGGCCGUUUGGACGGCCCGGGUUUGAUGGAGCCCCGGGACCUGGGGGGGCUGCCGGCCUGAAGGGAUUCAGAGGAAGAGAUAGUGUACCUGGGAUACCAGGCCAGAGAGGAGACAUGGGGCCGUCAGGACCAUGUGGUACACCAGGACCAGACGGAUACCCAGGACCAGGGGGACGACCUGGCCCUAAAGGGCUGAUGGGUGCUGAUGGGGUGAAGGGCCGCGUUGGAGCCAGUGGACCUGUGGGAGAUGCUGGGGCUCCUGGAGAUAUUGGAGUCUCAACAUACAUUGAGGUCCCAGGGGACCCUGGGGACAAAGGACCUACAGGUCUAAGGGCCUUAACAGGUGCAAAAGGAGAUCUAGGAGUGAAAGGGCCCAAUGGAGCCAGUGGAAAGGAUGGGAUUCCCGGGAGCGCCGGGCCACAAGGUCCUGUUGGCGACCCAGGCAGAGAUGGCCAGAAAGGAUGUCCUGGUUUCCAUGGAAACACUGGAGUCACAGGAGACAUGGGUGUGCCAGGUGUAAAGGGUGAGAAAGGGGGGACAGGAGCUCUUGGAGAGCCUGGUUCAUCGGGAACACCAGGUCCAAAUGGAGUAAAGGGAGUGAAAGGAGAGCCCAGCCUCCCUGGACCAGGAGCUAAAGGACGACGAGGAGAAAAGGGAGAGCCAGGGUUUCCAGGUUUUCCAGGAGAGAAGGGGGAGAUGGGUGUGGUGGGGAGGUUCGGAGCCCCAGGGGCCAUCGGCCCCACAGGACCCAAGGGAAGAGAAGGACUACAGGGAUCACGAGGACCUCCGGGACUAGUCGGGGAGAAGGGCAUUGAUGGUCUCCCAGGCAACAGUGGCUGUCAUGGCCCGAAUGGCCUGCCAGGGAGCCCAGGAUUGGCAGGUGACCCAGGGCCUGCAGGCCCCAGAGGUGCCCAGGGUCGAGACGGCAUCCCUGGUCCAGCGGGAGAGAAAGGAGACAUGGGAGCCCCUGGAAUUGGACCAAAAGGCACAGAUGGAAAGACGGGCCUAUCUGGACUUAAGGGGGAUGUGGGGUUACCUGGCUGCUUUGGCCCCCCUGGUCCCUCAGGGCCUUUGGGGGACAUUGGACCUCCAGGCCCGCCUGGUCCUACGGGACUGUCUGGAAGUCCUGGUCGGGAUGGAAUGUGCUUUGAAGGGCUAAAAGGAGACCGUGGACAAAAUGGCGACCCUGGACCCCAAGGUAUGCAGGGGCCACGGGGCCCUCCUGGUCCACCAGGAGCCGGCUUUAAAGGAGACAAGGGGAACAAAGGCGCCAUGGGCAUCCUGGGAACGCCUGGGUACAGAGGAGACACAGGGGUACAGGGCAGACCGGGUAAUGAUGGCAGACCAGGUGGUCUGGGAGCCAAAGGGGAGAUGGGACAGUUAGGAGACAUUGGACCAAACGGUCAGAAAGGAGAUGCAGGACCUGCAGGACCUGGAGGUUACCUUGGACAGAAAGGGCAGCCUGGAGCACAAGGGCCGAGGGGGAGUGAUGUUCACGCCAAGGUGAAAAUGACCCCUGGAGAACAGGGGCUGCCGGGUGACCUGGGGGCCAGAGGAGAGCCUGGACCCACAGGAGCGCAGGGACGCCACGGAUCACCAGGACUCCCAGGUCCCAAAGGUGUCUUGGGCCUAGAUGGGCCAAUUGGACAGCCUGGAUUGCAGGGAGCCAAAGGAGACCGAGGGUUCCCUGGACCACAAGGUAUCCAAGGUGAGCAGGGGACUCCAGGAGCCAAAGGCCCCCGGGGCUCUCCAGGUCCCUACUUUGCCGGGCCAGUAGAGGACGGCUUCCUAUUCACACGUCACAGCCAGAGGAAGAACGUGCCCCAGUGCCCAGGGGGCAGCAACCUCAUCUACUCCGGAUACUCCCUCCUCUUCAUCAACGGCAACAACAGAGGUCAUGGCCAGGAUCUGGGUACACUGGGGAGCUGUCUGCCUCGUUUCUCUACCAUGCCCUUCUUAUUCUGCAACACGGACAGCACGUGCCGCUACGCCUCCCGCAACGACUACUCCUACUGGCUGUCCACGGAUGAGGCCAUGCCAAGCGACAUGGCCCUCAUCUCUGGUGACUCACUGGAGAGCUAUGUUAGCAGGUGUGCAGUGUGUGAGACCAAAGCAAACAUCAUCGCUGUUCACAGUCAGACCAACCAGAUCCCUGUUUGUCCACAGGGCUGGCUCUCUCUCUGGGCUGGCUACUCUUUUGUCAUGCAAACAGGGGCUGGAGCGGAGGGCUCUGGCCAGCCCCUGGCCUCUCCGGGCUCCUGCCUAGAAGAGUUCCGGAAGAUUCCCUUCAUUGAGUGCCAUGGGCGAGGGACAUGCAACUACUACACUGACUCCUACAGCUACUGGCUGGCCUCCCUGGACCCCGAAAACAUGUUCAGUAAACCUAAGCCUCAGACAGUGAAGGGAGACUGCCCGGGUAGUAUAGUCAGUCGCUGUCAGGUUUGUAUGAAGCAAUGGCAGUGACCCUAUGUGCUAAAGAACUGAUGGGGAAUGAACUGGAGAUGCACCUCCCACUAUCAGCCACUGUAGGGCGACAGAGACUGAUUAAUUCAAUAAAGACUCGCGUUUCAAUCAUGGUGCUUCCUGGGAGACCAAAGGAUGUCUCAAUUCUUACAAGCGCUGAUCCUCGUUUCCAUGUUUCCUCCCCUCCAGUCCUCUCACUCUGACGUUUUCAGCAAGGGAAGGACAGAAGGAGAGCGCACAAGGAAUCUAGGAAAGACUAUUGAGAUGCAACCCAGUAGUGCCCUCUGCUCAAUCUGACGUUUUGUUCUCAGUUUUACUGUUUGUUUGUUUGUAUUUUGUUUGUAUUGUUAAACAACUGGACUGUUUUAUGGCAGAUGGUCAGUGUGAUAUAGGGCUAGAUUCAAUCAGUUCAGCAUUAAGCCAUGAUAACCGACAACUGCUUAGCAUAAUCAUUCAUGACGGAGGUGUAACUGUGUUGGAGCCUAAUUAAUCUUUUUCGAUAGCUCAAAUAGUUACUACGUUGUCACGUGUGCUAGCAAAGCAGAGGUCCUGUGUUUGAACCUUGGUGUGAGACAAAUCAGGAGGAAGUGGUUCUCGCUAAUGAAGCAGUGUGAUGUCCGUAGCACUGGUGCUGUGACCCGGAAGCGCAGUUGGGCUUAGGUCGACAGCUGGGGUCGUUCGCUUUGAAGCGAGUUUAGAAGGGGUGAGUGUAACGGAGUUAAUAACAUACCGUAAGCUCACUCCACAGCUAGUUUGAAAUGUCUCUGACGGAGCUAUUGAAUUCGAUAUCUUUCUAUAGCUCAAACGGUUGGUAUGUUGUCAAGGAGGGCGUUCACGUGUGCUAGCAAGGCAGAGGUCCUGGGUUCUCGCUAAGCAGGCAGCGUGACCUCCCUAACAUAGGCUAUAUAUAAAUAAUGACACUCAAAAAUCAUUAAACAAAAUAAUAAGGAUUUAUAUCAGCCUAAUCAAGGUCUAGAUUCACACAUUCCAUUGAUUGAAGUUGCAUGGGAUUUCUACUAAUGCGACUUGGUGUAUAAAGCUGGGAGAAGCUUGUGGAUUUGACAGCUCCAAUGCAAUUACAACUCCAACACCUCCCUAAACAAAAUAAAUGAUAUGCUAUGCAGUUGUUGAUUAUCGUGGGUUAAUGCUGAACUGAUUGAAUCUAGGCCCCAGUCUUUUUGAUAUAUUUGAAUGGAAAGUUAACUGCCUGACAAAGUGCCUGACUGCCUGAUGGCUCUUGUUGGAUGCUAUGUAAUAAGAGGAAGGAAUGCUGUCUUCACACUGAAAGAAAAUGUCUGACUCAAAAGUCUAAAAUAUAACUCAAUGUAUUGUGCGAAAGUAAAAUGCGCACACACAAAAAAACUGUUGAUCUACAAUAAUGCAAAAUGCAUGGUGUAAAAGUGAAACAUGCUUUUAAAAAGAGUGAUCAUCUUUUGCACCUUUCCCUCUUUCACAUUUUGUGAAAUAAAAAUAUGAAUUUCCCUGUGAAUCCAGAGAUGUUUUGCAGUGUGCAUAGGCUCUCCUUCUCCUUCCUGCUACUGCUGCUCCAUCAUCUACAGCAUGCUGACUGAACUAAUUUUGGCUGGGCAGAAACAACUUUUUCUCAUUACUGGAUACACAUUUGAAUGAAAAGUGAAGAUUGAAUUCCACCACUUUUAAACCUCAUAUUCAUUAUCCCCAGCACCAUACCAGUCUACAUAUGUGCAAAUGGAAGGUUUUACGGUCUGUAGUUAAAAAGAUAAGAAGAAAAGGUCCUAAGAAAGUGCCAUAUGAUGAUGUCAUCAACAGUAAAAACUAAAAAUGGUGCUGUAGAUAAUGAAUAUAAGUUUAAAAGUGGUGGAAUUCCACUUUAACUGCCUGGCCAGUUACCUGAUGGCCUGUCUGUUUGUUGGAUGUUAUCUUGUCCAUUGGGUGCUAUGAGUAUGCUAGCAAUCUGAUAGAAGAUGUGUACCUUAUUUGGGGUACCUUACCCCCAAACCUAACCUUAAUGCACUGUCAUAAAAAUAUAUGAUAUAUUAGUAGCAUCUCAGAGUGAUCCUGAGUUAUGAAAAAUAUUUUUGAGUCACAUAGAAAGAUUUAACAGAUUUACAGUUGAAGUCAGAAGUUUACAUACACCUUAGCCAAAUACAUUUAAACUUUAAACAGUUUUUCACA